AUGCACCCCUUCGCCAUCCUGUCCUCUGUGUGUUCUGCCGCGACCUCCAUAUUCACCUGCCUCGACGGCUCUCAGCAGGCUGAUGUCACCGUUGAUGCAGUUCACGACAAUGUUCGAUUCAUUCAAGAGAUCAUCCAUCCUCUCGCUACACGAAGGAGUCUCCCCCCAGGCCUUGUUCUAUGCCUGCUUGAUAUUGGGGACAAUUUAUGCUCCAUACACCAAGGCCUCACGGCGCUCAAAGGAGGGCAGGUGUCCGUUGCGACAAUUCACGCGUUCUUCUUCCCGUCACGGGUUAUAAGCAAGUUGAAGCGUGAUAGUGACCUAUUACUGCAGCGCGCUCUAUUAUUGAAGACUGCGUGUCAGGCUGAACACACUGACGCCCCUCCACCUCAGGCUGAUAUCGGCAUCUUGGGUUCCGUCGGUAAUCCAAAUGUACGGCAAUCCUGGUCUGAUGUUUUUGGCAAUGAGGAUGCAUAUGCUGCACGAGCACGGUUCAGGCUGGCUCUGGAUUCGCUGUUCAAUCUCUCGGAAGAAGACUUCCAUACCCUCUGGCUACGCCUCGACGAAUUCCGGAUCAAUGUGGUAACACCAGCAACCUUGGAAAGAUUUGGCGGUCAAAGUUUCUUGACAGAUGCCGUACAGCGUAUCCGCAGUGGUGAAGCACCACCUGCUUCUAGUAAUCACGUAUAUAAAUGCUUGCUCUGGGUCGAUGAUAAACCAGAGAACAAAAUAGAGGAAGUAAUGUUCGCUCUCCAGCACCAUAUCCAAGUCCAGCGAUUUACUUCGACCGCCGUCCUCAAGGACUGGCUUGAGCAACACCCAGAGAUGCAGGAUUUGGAUAGGUCAUCCAGUCUGCGUAUCAUUAUCGAUAAUUCGAAACCGGAAAGUGGCGGGGCUAAUGGUAUCUUCACCUUCUCGGCCGGAGAGAACAUCGUCCGCUACAUGCGUGGCCGUCAGUAUCAGGCACCCAUCCUCGUCUACUGCGGAUCCAGUAUCCAAGGCACGGGGUACGUGCUCAGUUACGCAAACACGGGAUCGACGACGGAACAAUCCAUCUGCCGGGCCUUCAUCUCCGGACUACUUGCCCCAGGAAGCGACGAAAGAGUGUGGCAAGCAUACAAUGCGACACCCAUGUCCAUCCCCACUCUGCAAUUGAACACUCGAUCACCACUCCUGUUGCAGACGCGCUUGGCUCGCUUCGGCGACACCGACUCAACGUCGAGCUUCUUCACUGUCGGAAAUGGCGGUGGAUCCUUGCGGUCGUUCUAUAACGGGAAAGAGGUUGAUAUGCGCAUGAGCCACAUUCGCGAAGCUAUCCAUCACGUUCGGGGAAAUUGGCAUCUUUAUGCCGAUUUUCUGUCCCGCUUGCGCGACUUGCUCUUGCAGCUCGGUGAACAUGAAACCGUCUCUCCUAUCUUGGACACUCUGCCCCGGUUCAAGCAGUGGUCUGACAGACGACGGGGCGGCGACCCCCCUGAGGAUUAUGGUCUCCUGCGGUUAUACACCACUCCAGUGGGAUAUUUACAUGCCUUCAAGAUCAUCAACGAAGUCUUCCGCACUCACGACAUCGAUAAUGAGCGGCUGGUGUCUGCCGUCUUUUUCGUGGAGCUCUUGAAUAUAGAACUCUUCAAAUACAUCACCGAGCAGGGGAUGAGGGAUGUCGGGUUUACCGGGACUGUCCAUCGAGGUCUGUGCCUUUCCACAGUGCAGCUCGACGCAUUCUACCAGCUGGCCCGCAUGCCCAUCAGGGAGAGAUUCUGGUCUAUUCCCCUAGCAAUCGUAUCCUGCAGUAUGGAUGAAGACAUCGCGGUAAAGUUCGCCCUCCAGCAGGCGACCGCUCAUGGGACGGAGCAUAUGCACCCCGUCCUGUGGCGCAUCCACGUCGCUAACCUAGACCCAGAGCUCCUCCGUGUUUAUCAUCAAUACUACCCUAUGAGCGUCGUGACAACAAUGUGUGCAGUCCCCGACUCCCACGGUAGUUGGGAGGAGGGUUCUGUCGGGAAGAAAUGGUCGCUCCACCAUACAACUCGCUCUCGCCGUGAGAACCUCAUGUAA